AUGUAUUUCUCCUCCUCCUCCUCCUUCUUCUUCUUCUUCUUCUUCUUCUUCUUCUUCUUCUUCUUCUUCUUCACUGAGCAAUGUCUCCGCAGCAACCAUGUCCCUCAGCAAAUAAAUGAUGUAUUUUUCUCCUCCUCCUCCUCUCCUUCUUCUUCUUCUUCUUCACUGAGCCAUGUCCCCUCAGCAACCAUGUCCCCUCAGCAAGUAAAUGAUGUAUUUCUCCUCCUCCUCCUUCUCCUCCUCCUCCUUCUUCUUCUUCUUCUUCUUCUUCUUUCUAUUUCCCAGCGUUUUCUUCGUCCUUUCCUUUCUACUUACUCUUCUAACUCUAUUUCCCAUAUCUAUCUAUCUAUCUAUCUAUCUAUCUAUCUAUCUAUCUAUCUAUCUAUCUAUCACCACAGUCUGUUCAUUAUCUAUCUAUCUAUCUAUCUAUCUAUCUAUCUAUCUAUCUAUCUAUCUAUCUAUUUUUACCUUCCUUUUCCCCUUCUUUACCUUACAUUAAUUCAUAUUUUCUGUCUUUUUUCUUUCUUUCGUUCUUUCUUUCUUCAAGUUAAUUAA